GAGAUGCCCUCUGUGUCCGUGCUGGAUUAUGCUCUGCCCCAGAGACCCCUCCAGCCCCGGGAUGAGGAGAGGGACCCCUCAGAGAGGGCCCUGCCCCGUCGUUCCUCCUCCCCUGUCAUCGGGAGCCCCCCAGUCCGGGCUGUCCCCAUUGGAACCCCCCCUAAACAACCUGCUGUCCCCAACUUCAACCAACAGAUCCUGUGUCCCAAGCCUGUCCACAUCCGAGCCAACAUGCAGCAACGUUACCCAGCUCCCUAUGGAGACAGGAUGUCCCCCAACCAACUCUGCAAUGUCCCGCAUUCCUCUCUCCUGGGCCACCCCUUCCCCCACAACGUCCCUCCUGUCCUCACCCACCUGCAGAGAGCCCAGCUGCUCGGAGGAGCCCAGAAUUCCUUCCAGAAGCUGGAGAAGCUGUCGGCAGCAGAGGAAGUGCAGGGAGAUGGUCCCAAGAAGGAACGCACGAAACUCAUCACGCCUCAGGUGGCCAAGCUGGAGCACACCUACAAGCCAGUGCAGUUUGAGGGCUCCCUCGGGAAGCUGACGGUCUCCAGCGUCAACAACCCCCGGAAGAUGAUUGAUGCAGUGGUGACAUCCCGUAGUGAGGAUGAUGAGACGAAGGAGAAGCAGGUGCGGGACAAGAGGCGCCAAACCCUUGUCACGAUCGAGAAGACGUACAGUCUCCUCCUGGAUGUGGAGGACUAUGAGAGACGCUACCUCCUGAGCCUGGAAGGUGAGAGGCCAGCCCUGAUGAGUGAGAGGAAGCAGAAGAUCUGUGAGAUGUAUGACAAUCUGAGGGGGAACGUGCCCGGGCAGGACAGGCCUAGUGAUGACCACUUGAUGCAGAUCAUGUGCAUCCGGAAGGGGAAGCGCCUGGUGGCCCGAAUCCUGCCCUUCCUGUCACCAGAGCAGGCAGCUGAUGUCCUGAUGGCCACGGCCAGGAACCUGCCCUUCCUCAUCAAGAAGGAUGCUCAGGAUGAGGUGCUGCCCUGCCUGCUCAGGCCCUUCUCCCACGUCCUCUACCACCUGCCCCUGGGCACAGUGACCAGCCUGGUGCAGCAGUUGACCAACCUACCUCAGAGCGCGGCCACCGCGGCGCCCACCAACCUCCACCUCAGUGCUGUGCUCCAGAACAAGUUCGGCCUGUCCCUCCUCUACCUGAUCCUGAGCCGCGGGGAGGAGCUGCAGAGCUCGGAGGCCACCACGGAGCUCCUGCAGGACAACCAGUGGACAGAGCUGAUGCUCAUGGCCACCCGGGAAUUCCUCCGGAUCCCCCCUGCCUCCCUGGCCAAGCCCCUUUCCACCCCUUCCAACCUCAGCUCCCUCUUCUCUCGCUACGUCGACCAGCAGAAGCUCAACCUGUUGGAGACAAAAUUGCAGUGA